AUGGAUAAGGAGUGUUGUCGUGACAAUAGUGGACAGUGGGUUGCACCAUUACCGUUCCGAGAGCCUAGAUGCAAAUUUCCAGAUAAUAGACAACAAGCACUGAGAAGAGCCAUUAUCUUAGAUGCUAACCUUAGAAAGAACCCAGUCAAGUGCGGACACGCAGUGACUUUUAUGAAACGCAUUCUGGAUGCAGAACACGCAGAACUAGCACCACCAUUAAAGAAAGAUGAAGAGUUCUGGUUCUUACCAAUCUUCAGCGUAUACCAUCCAAAGAAACCUGAUCAAGUCAGAAUGGUGUUUGAUUCAUCAGCUCAGUGUAAUGGGGUGUCAUUGAACAACGUGCUUCUAUCUGGUCCUGACCUAACAAACAGUCUACUUGGUGUUCUUUUGCGAUUCAGACUUGAUAACAUCGGAGUUAUGGCUGACAUUCAGCAAAUGUGUCACUGCUUUAAAGUGCGAGAAGAUCAUAGGAACUACUUACGUUUCUUCUGGUACUUAGAUAACGAUCCUCAGAAAAAAUUAGUGGAAUACAGGAUGUGCGUCCAUGUCUUCGGCAAUAGUCCAUCACCUGCAAUCGCUACAUAUGGGCUAAGGAGGACUGCAGAGAAUGCUGAAUCAACCUAUGGAAGUGAUGUCCGAAGUUUUGUAAAUCGCAACUUUUACGUUGAUGAUGGGUUGAUUUCGUUGCCAUCCACACAAGAGAUCGUUAGCCUGAUGAAGAGAACUCAACAAACCUUGUUGCAAGAAGGAGGACUUAGACUUUACAAAUUUGUAUCCAACAGCAGUAAUGUCAUGAAAUAUUUUCCUACUGAUGACCUAGCAAAGGACUUGAUGUCUCUCGAUCUAUCGAAGGAUAUUCUUCCCAUACAACGCAGCUUAGGAAUAAGCUGGAAUUUACGAUCUGAUGCAUUUACCUUCAGACUCUCCUUAGACAAGAAACCGUAUACACGCCGUGGAGUCCUUUCUUGUCUGAAUAGCUUCUAUGACCCCUUGGGAUUUGUUGCACCAAUUCUCAUCAGAGGGAAGUUACUGCUUAGAAAAUUUAUUGAAGAGUCUACAGACUGGGAUCAACAUUUACCUGAACAAUACCAAGGAGAAAGGGAGCAGUGGAAACAACAACUAUGGUAUCUAGAAAACCUGGAAAUUCCUCGUACUUACCUUUCCGUACCUACCGAAAAGCUCCUUCAGAAACACGUCCAUGUGUUUAAUGAUGCGUCCGAGGAAGCCAUUGCUGCAGUUGCCAUUUUAAGAGCAGAGGAUCAAGAUGGUAACUUUCACCAAGGACUCAUAGUAGGGAAAGGAAAAGUUGCACCUAAGAAGGCAGUCACCAUCCCUCGUUUGGAGUUAUGUGCUGCAGUGCUUGGUGUUGAGAUCUCUCAGAUCAUUCACGAUCAAUUGGAUAUUGACCCUACAGACAUUCAUUAUCAUACAGACAGUAAAGUUGUCCUUGGUUACAUCUACAACAGAACCAAACGUUUCUAUACUUACGUCAGCAACAGAGUACAGCAGAUUCAUAAAGUCUCCUCACCAGAGCAAUGGAGCUAUGUUCCUUCAGAACAUAAUCCUGCAGAUCAAGCAACUAGACCAAUCGCAGUUGAAAAUAAGAAAAACAGCCCAUGGCUUUGUGGUCCGAAACGAUGGUUCCUUGAAAGUAAAGACCAAGGCAAAACAGAUAUAUCUGAUAAUGACGAACAGAUGCCACAAGAGUAUGACCUCGUAGACUCAGAGAAUGACAGAGAGAUUCGACCUACGCUAAUAGUUAAAACAUUGCACAUUAAAGAACCUUCCAUUGGAACUGAAAGGUUUACCAAAUACUCAACCUGGGGAAGUUUAGUUUCAGGCAUUGCACGCUUGAAACAUGUUGCAAGAUGUUGGAGUGGAACAAUACCAUGUAGAGGAUGGCAUAUCUGCAACAAAGCGAAAGAUGUUGACCUAUAUCUUGAAAGAGAAAAACACAUCAUUCGAGCGGUCCAGGGUGAAGCUUUUCGAGAAGAGAUCAGAAGUAUCAGAGAAAACCGAGCUCUCAAUAAGAAGAGUUCACUUGUAAAGCUGAAUCCAGUUUUAGACCAUGAUGGUAUUUUGCAUGUAAGAGGCCGAUUGAUGAAAUCAGAGUUCGAAGUCACCGAGAAAAAUCCUGUCAUUAUUCCUGACAAACAACACAUAGCUACUCUGUUGGUGCGCCAUUACCAUCAGCUGACCAAACAUCAAGGACGCCACUUCACAGAAGGUUCAAUUAGAUCUGCUGGAUAUUGGAUAACAGGAGCCAAGCGUAUCGUGUCCUCGGUGAUAUAUAGCUGUGUGACUCGCAGAAAGAUGAGGAGAAAACCAGAACAUCAAUUCAUGGCUGACUUACCUGAAGAUUGA